ACACGGAGCAGCACAGAAAGCCAGUCUGCUUUCAGCUGCCACUUCUCUGUAGCUCCUCUCCCAUCCACCAACACACACCCUCAAAACACAUUUGCUCUCGCUAUACAGCAGCUGACAACAGCUUCUCGCCUUCCCAGUCGCACCGCUGGUCCACGUCCAAACGAGAAGACAAGAAGGGGUUCCAGACGCCAGCGCUGAGGAGGCGGCUGGGGAAUGGAAUGGAACCUCAGAAGGAUGGAGAGUGAACUGAGGCACAUCAACCCGGACCUGCUGCAGCCCAGCAAGAGCUUCAAGAAGCCCUCCUCAGGUACCAUCACCCUUAACGUAGGGGGGUUCCUGUACACUGCUCACCGGACCACCCUUUCCAAGCAUCUGGGGUCCCUCCUGGAAGAGCUGGCCAGCGGCAAGAAGCCUGUUCAGCACACCGACUCCAUGGGCAACCCCUUCAUCGAUAGAGAUGGUCCAGUUUUUCGCCACGUGCUCAACUUCCUCCGAACUGGAGAGUUGCAGCUGCCGGACGACUUCCGGGAGGCGGGGCUCCUGCGGAAGGAGGCCGAUUUUUACCGCCUGAGCGAACUGGUGGAAGCCGUGGUGGAGUGGGAAAGUCAGAGGGCGGCUCAGCGAGAGCCCGCAUUUCUGGAGGUGACGGACAGCCACGAAAGGUCACAGGGUCUGAAGGUGUACUGCAGCGACGCCUCCUUCAUCGACAAAGUCAAAGGGCGUCUGGUGCAGAUCUCCAAGAGCCGCUUGGACGGCUUUCCGGAGGAAUUCGUGGUGUCGUCAAACGUGAUCCAGUUCCGCCACUUCAUCAAGUCGGAGCCGGGCUCGCGGCUCGUCCUGAAGGAGGACAGCACGUUCCUGUGCACUCUCGACUGUCUGAAACUAGAAACAGUGAUGCUCGCGCUGAAAUCGGGCUACAAGUUGGUCACCAGCCUCGACAGCAGCAAAGGCUCUGUGGUGGCAGCUGAAGCCCUGCACUUUGUCAAAUAAGAUGAAUUGAAAGAGAGAGGGGGAAGUAGAGAGGGGAAAAGUGUGCUCGAUUCACGGUCCAUCCUACUAAUGUAAGGUAUUGGUUUGAAAGUCUUGUCCAAUGGUGUGUUGUGUAAUUUGGUAGAGCAGAAGUGAUGGUUGCACUCUCUCACGGGACAAUGUUUAUAUCUUAACUGCACAGGGGUGACUUACAAAGUUAUGGGAGAUUGUUUUCAGCAGAGCAGCAUUUUGAGAUCAACCAUUGCACAGCUUUGUGUUCCUAAAAUGCAGAAAGAUCCAGAUUGUUAAACAGGAAAGUGUCACAAAGAGACAAGCAAACAGUGAAUCUUUCCAUUGAUAAUACUGAACAUCUGCUCCAGUGGAUUUGUUUCUGCUUCAUUAAUGGCUGCAAAAGCCUUCACAAGCAGCCGUGAUGUACGCUGUUGUGCCAUUCAGCUUUUACUACCGUCUGUGUGUGCGUGCGUAUGUGCGUGCACUGCUGUACACUGUGCGUGCUGUGUUUAGCUGGUUUAAUAGCUUUUUGUUUAGUUUAUUACCGUCUCUGGAGUCUGGAAGAAAAAGCAGCCCUCAUUAAGGUUGAUUUGGACAGACACACAAACACAUUCAACAGUUCAGAUAAGUCAUAAAAAACUGUGAUUAUUGUAAGGGCUUUGAAUCUUGCAUGAUGCAUGUGCACUGAGGAAAAAAAAGUGUGUUUGUUAGUGCUGUGAUCCUCUGUGAAGCCAGUGCCACAACAAUGCCUAUUACUUUUAAA